AUGGUUAACGCUAAGGAUAAGAUUAGAAUGAUAAUAGUACUUUGGUUAGAAAUAGAAUUAGCAUUAGGGAUCGGGUUAAUAGUGGCUCUUUGGUUAGAAAUAGAAUUAGCAUUAGGGAUCGGGUUAAUAGUGGCUCUUUGGUUAGAAAUAGAAUUAGCAUUGGGAUUGGGUACUUUGAUUAGAAUAGAAUUAGCAUUAAGAAUCGGGUUAGUAAUAGUACUUUGGUUAGAAUUAGAAUUAGCAUUAAGAACCGGGUUAGUAAUAGUACUUUGGUUAGAAAUAGAAUUAGCAUUAAGAAUUGG